GACAUUCCUACAUAGUCACAGGGUCCUGACAGAGAGUAUCAUGUAUUCAUAUCUCUAUUUCUUUGCAGGAACACCAGUGGAAAAUUCCAAAGCAUGGGUUCAACUACCCUGGCCUGGAGUAUUAACAACACAGUAGUGAAUGAAAAUUACAACACUGAAAACUUCUACUGUAUCACCACGGUCAAUACCCUGACUUUUCUUACUGUCCUCGUUGCCGUGGUUGGACUGGUAGGAAAUGCCAUAGUGAUAUGGCUUCUAGGCUUCCACAUUCAUAGAAAUGCCUUCUCUGUCUAUGUCCUCAACCUGGCUGGUGCUGAUUUCUUGUACCUUUGCACUCAGAGUGUGUAUUUCCUGGAAUGUAUCCUUCAGUUAGGUAUCAGACACCUUGAAUUUCUCCCCAUUGUAUUAAUCUUUGCUUACCUUGCAGGCAUGAGUAUGAUUGCAGCCAUCAGUGCUGAGCGCUGCCUAUCUGUUAUGAGGCCCAUCUGGUAUCACUGCCAAAGACCAAGACACUUAUCAGCCAUCUUGUGUGCUCUACUCUGGGCUUUCUCUCUACUGUUGAGCGUCAUGUUAGAACUAGUCUGUAGCUUUCUGCCCAGUCAUUAUAAAUAUUCUUUCUGUCGUACUUGUAGCUUUAUCACUGCUGCAUUUAUAAUAGUAUUAUUUGUGGUUAUUUCUGUGUCCAGCCUGGCCCUAUUGGUCAAGAUCAUCUGUGGAUCACACAGGAUUCCUGUGACCAGGUUCUUUGUGACCGUCACUCUCACAGUGGUGGUCUUCAUAUUCUUUGGUCUCCCCUUUGGGAUCUCCUGGUUUCUCUUGUGGUGGAUUAGGGAAUUUCAAAGAAUUGUAUUUUAUGAAAUUGAUGAAAUUGUUACAUUCCUUUCCUGUGUUAAUAGCUGUGCCAAUCCCAUCAUUUACUUCCUCAUUGGCUCCAUUAGGCACCGCAGGUUGCAAUGGCAGACUCUGAAGCUACUUCUGCAGAGAGCCAUGCAGGACACUCCGGAGGAAGAGAGUGGAGAGAGGCAUCCUUCACAAAGGUCUGGGGAACCUGAAACAGUCUGCUAUAGUAGUCAAGUGAGUCCUUGA